GGCUGCGCACUAAGGUGGUGGGCGGUCCAGGGCAGGCCGGGAGCCCGAGUGUCUCUGCCGAGCUCCGAGGAAAGGAGUUCCUGCAGCAGCUGCUGCUCCGGAGCCUACGACAUGGGGCCCGUGCCGCGCACCCUGGAGCUCUUCUACGACGUGCUGUCCCCCUACUCCUGGCUGGGCUUCGAGAUCCUGUGCCGGUAUCAGAACAUCUGGAACAUCAACCUGCAGUUGCGGCCCAGCUUCAUAGGAGGGAUCAUGAAAGAUAGUGGAAACAAGGCUCCAGCUCUGAUUCCCCGCAAAGCACAAUACAUGGCAAAUGACAUAAAGGUCCUGAGACAGCAUGUCCAGGUCCCCAUCCAGUUCCCUAAGGACUUCUUCUCUGUGAUUCUUGAAAAAGGAAGUUUGUCUGCCAUGCGUUUUCUCACCGCCGUGAACCUGGAGCAUCCAGAGAUGCUGGAGAACGUGUCCCGGGAGCUGUGGAUGCGCAUCUGGUCACGGGAUGAAGACAUCACCCAGCCCCAGAGCAUCCUGGCUGCUGCUGAGAAGGCUGGUAUGUCUGCGGAACAAGCUCAGGGGCUUCUGGAAAAGAGCUCAACAUCAAAGGUGAAGAACCAGCUCAAGGAGACCACUGACGCAGCCUGCAGAUACGGGGCCUUUGGGCUUCCCAUCACUGUGGCCCAUGUGGAUGGCCAAACUCACAUGGUAUUUGGCUCUGACCGGAUGGAGCUGCUGGCAUACCUGCUGGGGCCAACUCUUGCUACCAGCACACCUAAGAACAGUGUGCAGAGUCUGUCAUUUUUUUCAUCCAGGAGAGAAGUGGAUGGGCCCUGUCCCCCCAGCCGUGAAUGCCAGACUUUAAGAUUGCCCGGAGGAAGCAAACUCCUGGUAUUUUCUGUGGCCCUGGGGGCUGUCUCUCUUCCCCCUACCCCCAAGGAUUCCAGGAAGAGGUCCACCAUUAGCCAUGUGGCAACCUGUACUUCUAUGACUCACAAGUGCCUUUCAGAGAGCCCCAGUUCUGCUUUGCCACAAAAUAAAUCUAAUGCCAUCAGGCAAAACCUUUCUCGGUCUCUAUCUGUUCUGGUGUUGUUGGUGUGUUCAUUCCUGGUGUCAUAUCCUGCCCACUGUAGGGGUAGCUGAAGGAGACCUCUUUCUGUACUUCCAGCCAGACCAACUAUCCAGUCCACCUUGGGCAGCUUGUGUGGUGGAAGAAGUGAGAAUAGUCCCCUGUUCUCUCACAGAAACUCCCCAGGUCUCUCUGUCAGCAACAGAAAACCAAGCAAGACGGACUUUGCUACUAACCAGUUUGGGAUUUACUGUCUUCUGACCCCCCCGCAGUGACUGAGAUGGGGCUGGGAUCAGAAUCCCAGUGGGAGUGAACAGCAGAGGGAACCAGUCUGGUUGAGCUUGUGCCCAGAUACUUAAAUGUGGUCCAGCCACACCCAUAGAGCCAGAGCAAGGCAGUACAGGGAAACUGGCUGGAGUUGAUGGGGUUUAGAGAAGUUGCACACCCUUUUAUAGUUACCUCCCUUAAUCCUCAGUGCAGAUCUUAAGAAAACUCCAAGGCUUCUCUUCCUGACCUAGUAUAACCCCUGUUCCCUACUACAUAUGUAUAACUUUUCCAUUCUCCC